GAUCAUCAUCUUUUGGCACACAUAUAAGCUCUUCCGAAUUGGGUAACAUGAGUCUUGUAUGAUUUAUGUAAAUGUCCUUAUCCUCCCACAUAAACCUACCCUUAAAUUAGUUGUUAUGGCUGACCCUCCCCCAUGGUUGCCCCCAUUAGACCAACCGCAACAGCCCUCGUGCGUAAUUGAUCAAAGUUGUUCUAAUCCAUCUCCCUCCUCAAGGAGACACCCAGUGUAUCGUGGAAUCCGGUGUCGCGGCGGCAAAUGGGUGUCGGAAAUCCGUGAGCCGCGCAAAACAACUCGUAUAUGGCUAGGGACGUAUCCCACCCCUGAGAUGGCGGCUGCCGCAUUUGACGUGGCUGCCCUAGCCUUAAAGGGACGUGAUGCUGCUCUCAACUUCCCUCAAUCUGUGGGGUCGUACCCAGUCCCCGCUUCUUCGUCUCCUGAGGAUAUCCGUAAAGCGGCGGCGGCGGCGGCUGCCUUAAAAAGGUCUGAAAGCACAAGCGAGGGUACUACUACAUCAUCGUCAACAAGUGAGGCGCAAAACCGUGGCGUGGCAGGGGAAUUUGUUGAUAUGGAGGCGGUUCUGAACUUCCCUAAUUUGCUCGUGGACAUGGCGGAGGGAAUGUUGAUGCCACCGCCGAGAAUAAGCUUGACACCGUCAGAUGAUGACUCACCGGAGAAUUCAGAUGGAGAAAGUUUAUGGAAUUAUUCUUGAUGAUCAUUAAAUUUUUCCCAAUUGUUGAAGAAGAUGAAUGGGUCUUUGAGUCUUUUACAAAGUCAAUGAUAGCUAGAUUAAGGCAAAUAAAUAUAAUAUAAAAAUUAAGGGGACGAAAGAGAAAGGUUUUCCAACAUGAAGAUUUAGUGGUUCCAUCUCUUGUUUCUGAGUGCAAAUAAAAUAGAUUUUCUUCUUUUAAUUUCGAGACGGGGAGAUUUAAACUUGUCACUUUUUGAAAUGAGUUACAAGUUAAAAAAAAAACAAUUAAAUUGUUAAUUUCGUGAUAUAAAGAUUUAUUAAUGUACUAGCUAGUUAUCAUCUUGUAAUGUGCUUUCUUUUUACGCUUCUAUUAUAUAAUUUGCCUUCUUUUACUAAUUACUUCUAAGAGAGAAUUUUGUACGCAUGAUUGAUGUUCUUUAAAAAUAUUCUUGUCAAUGUAUGUAUAAAUGAUAUUUUUUUUC